AUUAGCAAACACAUUCGUUCCUCACUUCUAGGUGUAUGUAAAUUCCAUGUGCCGCUACCCCAGAGGACAUGAAGACAUGAGCAGUGCUUUAUGCAUGACUGACACAGUGCUUAGUGUAGUUGUGUCGACCGAGGCCUAGUUGUGUUUGAAAGCCUCGGACUCGCCUACGCUGCAGUCACCGCCAGGCGGAGGGCACAAUCGGUGGGGCAGAUCCAUGCCCUGUGACUGCCGGAAAGCUAGGGACUCAAAGUGAAUGGACAGGGGGUGACUAUUGGGUCUGUAUGUUGCCCAUGACAUCCUGUGACAAGUGAAGGAGUUGAUACAGGAGGAGCCAUGGCUUUUGAGGAGAUCAAGGAUAUGGGGAUGGAGGGUGACAGGGGCCUUGUGGCUGGUCGUAGCCAAAGAGAGAAGAGGAGGUCAUACAAGGAUCUGCUCAGGGAGGAGGAGGAGAUCGCUGCUCAGGUUCGAAAGUCUUCCAAGAAGCGACCCAAGGAUUCUGAACUUUUCAUGCUGGGAGGAGAGUCUCAAAAGAAGAAGAAACAUGGAGAUGACUACUAUUACAAAGACCACGAGGGCCCACCGCCCCACAAGAAAAAACACAAGUCUGCAGAGCGGUCACCAACUCUCUCCUCCCCGUCAUCCUCCCACCCGACAGAUACAGCAAUGGGCCUCCUACAGGCUAUCACUUCUCCCCUGGCCACAGGUUCUGAUCCCAGCCCCCACUUGCACAAGAAACCCUCCUACCCUUCCUUCUCCUCACACUCUUCCAAGGACCGGAAGCGUGGAGAGCAGUGGCAGCGGUGGAGGAAGCAAGGGAGCCACUCCUUCUCUCACUCCCGACCGCCAUCAUCAUCCUCAUCCUCGUCCCAAGAAGCACUCUCCUCUUCCUCAAAGUCCUCUUUAUUCCAUGGUGGAACUCCCAAAGAGGAGCCGUUGACUUUACGUGAGGCCGAUGGGUUGAAAAUGAAGCUCAUAAUGUCGCCAGAGAAAGAGGAAGCGGAGAGCUACUCAUUUACAUCACACUCAUCCAAAGGUGGUGUAAAGAAAGAGAAGGAGAAAGACCGCAUGCAGCUUUCAAAGACACCCAAGAAGAAACUACAACAGAAUCGAGAUCCUCUGCCUGUUGUCGGGAAAGAGGUGGAGGUGGAAGGUCAUUAUGGAGGUGGUAUGGGAGAUGAUAGCUCUUCAUCUGGAGGUGAAUUGGAAGCAGGUGAAUUGGUUAUUGAUGACUCCUACACACACCUGUCAAAAAAGAAGAAGAAGAGCAAGAAGAGCAAAAAGAAAAAGGACAAAGAGAAAGACAGAGAGAAGGAUAAAAGUGGGAAGGACAAGAAACACAGCAAAGGAUUUGGAGACUCUUCAAGAAGCCACAGUCACUCCCAUCCCACGGUCACCCACAGCGCUGUUGGUCCCAUGUAUGCCAUGGGGACACCCAUCCCCCAACACCACCAUCAAGGCAACGACGGAGUAAUGGAGAAGAAGAAGAAGAAGGAUGACAAAGAUCGGGACAAGCACGAGAAGGAUAAAGAUAAGCCCAAGAAAAAGAACACAACAGCAUACCAGGUGUUUUGUAAAGAGUACAGGGUCAACAUUAAUGCAGAACAACCAGGACUAGUGUUUGGUGAGCUCAGCAAGAAGUUGGCAGAGGUGUGGAAGGCAAUGCCUGAGAAGGACAAACUAGUUUGGAGACAGAAAGCUCAGUAUCUUCAGCACAAACAGAACAAAGCUGAGGCCACCACUGUCAAACACAAGACGCCCAGUGAGAGCAAAACUAAAGUUGUCACAGUGGGAACAGGGAUGGUGUCGCCGAACAGAGCACCAGGCACCGUGUCCCUGUCCCCGGCCAGAGUUCCUGACGUGGAUCCCAUUGAUGCUGCAGCUCACCUGCAGCUGCUGGGAGAGUCCCUGUCCCUAAUUGGACACCGGCUACAGGAAACAGAGGGGAUGGUGGCAGUGUCUGGGAGUCUGUCUGUCCUUCUGGACUCCAUUUUAUGUGCCCUGGGACCACUGACCUGUCUCACAGCUCAGAUACCACAGUUAAACGGCUGUCCUCGAAACGUCCUGUCAAAUACGUUGGACAACAUCGCCUACAUCAUGCCUGGGCUGUGAUUAACAGAGGAUGAUCAGUGUGGACUGAUGCGAUGUGUCUGUGUGGAACGGUCAUUUCAGAAGUGACCCUCUGGACUUUAAUUUAAGCCACCAUUUGGCAUCUGAAAACUUGGAUAUUUGUAGUGUCAACAUGUUUUUAAAGUGUAUUUUUUUAACCCCUUUUCUCCUAAUUUUCUAAUUGUUGUAUUUUUAAGAGACACAUUUUACUGACCAUGUUGAGCUCUCUUGGCAACGUCAGCUUCGUUUACUGUUACUGUACAGUGGACUUUGUAUGAAUGAGUGUGGAACUGCAUUUCAGAAGCUGUUAACUAUUGAAAUGAUACUGUAUGACUGUUAAAUGAACUGUACAUGUUUUCUUUCUUUUUUUUUUAAACAAUGUAUAGGAACUCAUACAUCAUCCACAUAAUAUAUUGGACAUGGGACAUUUUUCUUUUAUCAUGUAAAAAAGUACUGUCAUCCUUUACUGUUUUAUACAUUUGAUAUUUUACUGCGCAUAUGGAAGUGAAAGUCUGUACCGUAGAAAUACACAGGUGAUAGAAAACGCCUUUAGGUUCUGAAUCAGGAGCUGCUUUAACUAAUCUGUCAGAGCAUCACGUUUACCAAAGCAGCAACAAUAAACUAUGACCACUCAACAAA